UGCAGAUCAUACCGAGCGAUAUCGAUAUGACGAGCACCAUUGAAUUCCUCGGCACGACCACGUUUCGUAUGGUGAUCAACGACCUGGUGAUCUUUCACGAUUGCUGGUUGGAUCGACCGCAGAGCUUGGUCACCUACUUGACGCCGGACCAAGUAGAUCGCGCCGAUUACAUCUUGAUCAAUCACGCGCACUUCGAUCAUCUUCCGGGUACAGAGAUCGUAGCAAAAAAGACCGGCGCCCGCGUCAUUGGCAACGCUGAAGCCAUCCGCGUGCUGCGUGAGUUGGGCGUGCCAGAAGAUCAGCUCAUGCCGGUCGCUGGGGGCGAACAUAUCAAGCUUCCACAUGAUAUUGUCAUCCGACCUUAUCCCGGUUUGCAUUGUCUGAUGCCAUUCGAACAUGGCGCGGUUCCAGAUGUCCUUACCACGGAUCAUCGAUACGAAGGGAAGCCUGGACUCGGUAACCUGCCCAAUGUGCCGGACGAUCGACUGCCCUCUGAUCAGUUCAGGUCGUUCAAGCGGUACAUUGCCAAGAAUCAGGGCAGAUUCAGCUUGUGGGAUGGUGGCUGUAUGAUGUACAACAUUCACGUACCAGGACAGGGCACGAUCUUCUUCAACGCCCACUGUGGAGCUUAUAUGGGGUUACUGAACGAUAUCCAUCCUCGGCCCGACGUUGCCAUCCUGGCGGCUGCCGGUCAACCUUGCGUCAACGGCGAUGGCUAUACAGGCACAGCCAACGAGUUCGUCCUAGACUGUCUCGAACGGCUAGGACAACCGCGCAAGGUCGCCUGGUGUCUGCACGAUCAAUCACCUCUGCCUCCUCAGCGAAUCGAUACGUCCACACUCGAGGAGCGUGUCGGACGCGAGACCAAGACCAAGGUCAUGACGCUGGUGCCGGCCGAGGCGACGGGAAUAUUUGAGUGACGAGUCUGCAGGUCGAACAGAUGAUUGCUAUUUGGAAUCGUG